CCAUCAUUGAUCAUGGACAUUACUCGAUAGAUCUUAGCCGAUCUUGACGCCAGAGCCCUGCACCGCAGCCAGCUGCUCUUUUUAAUCAGCAACUCCGGCCACUCUCUCCCAGGUGAGUGUGAGAGUGACGCAGGCGAGCUGAAUGGCGUUGAGGCGGCGGCUAUGGCGCAUGGGCGGCAGGGUGCUGGACUGCUUCGCCGCGUGCGUGGGCGCCGGCGCCGGUUGCGGCUGCCUGUGCGCGCGCACGCUGGGAGACGAGGUGGAGGAGAGGAAGACCCUGGUGACCGGGAGCAGCCAGGUGGUGAGGCUCAGCGACCUUGUCGUCGAGGGCACGUCGUCGUCCAGGACGCUGGGCUUCCAUCUGCAGCCUAAGACGGUGGAGCUGAGGGUGUCCAUGCACUGCUACGGCUGCGCCAAGAAAGUUCACAAGCACAUCUCCAAGAUGGAAGGGGUGACGUGGUUCGAGGUGGAUCUGGAGCGCAAGAAGGUGGUGGUGACCGGCGACGUGACACCGCUGGAGGUGCUGCAGAGCGUCUCCAAGGUCAAGCUCGCCCAGCUCUGGAUGCCACCACAACCAUGCUAACGUACGGGCUGGUCGAUCGCCACUGAGAUAUGCAGCAACAAUAGACCAUUUUCUCCGACAACCAACACUCUAUUUCCCUGGCUUCCUUCUCAUAUUAGCUUGUUCUUUUCUUCAAAACCUAUGUGUUCUCCGAUCACAAAGGAUUAUCAUUGAAUGGCAUAUGACGCGCACAGCGAAUUUUGCCGAAAA